AGUGCUGAGCAGGCGCCUUCACAGAGCUGUUGUGAUUUGGUUCUUCGGCGCUCGGAUGGGGCGCGCGGAGGGGUCAGCGGGGCGCGAGCCGAGCAUCGCUUGAGCCCAGCGAGUCGCCAUCAGUCUCAUUAUGAGGCGCGGCGAGCGGAAGGGUCACGGAGGCGCCUCCGGCAAAGCCGCGCUCGAAGAAGGGCAACCGCCGCCUCCGUCUCCGCUGCCUCCCCCCAACGGCGCUUAUCGGCCCGUUGUGGAGGGGCCGCGCGGGGACCCGCCGCCAGUGGCAGCUGCAGCAGCGCCAGACGCCGCUGUCGUCACUCAUGGCGACCGGCGCAGCACCGAGUCCGAGGUGUACGACGAUGGGACCAACACCUUCUUCUGGCAAGCUCACACGUUAACAGUCCUGUUUAUCCUUACUUGUACCCUGGGAUACGUGACCUUGCUUGAAGAAACACCACAGGACACAGCCUAUAACACAAAGAGAGGUAUUAUAGCCAGCAUUUUAGUUUUUUUGUGUUUUGGAGUCACUCAAGCAAAAGAUGGUCCAUUUUCAAGACCUCAUCCAGCUUACUGGCGGUUUUGGCUAUGUGUCAGUGUUGUAUAUGAGCUUUUCCUCAUCUUCAUACUCUUUCAGACUGUACAUGAUGGAAGACAGUUUAUGAAAUUUAUUGAUCCUAAUUUAGGAGUGCCUUUGCCUGAAAGAGACUAUGGUGGAAAUUGCCUUAUAUAUGACCCAGAUAAUGGAACAGAUGCCUUUCACAAUAUUUGGGAUAAACUAGAUGGAUUUGUUCCUGCUCAUUUCCUUGGUUGGUACUUAAAGACACUAAUGAUUCGAGAUUGGUGGAUGUGCAUGAUUAUCAGUGUAAUGUUUGAGUUUCUGGAAUACAGUCUAGAACAUCAACUUCCAAAUUUCAGUGAAUGUUGGUGGGAUCAUUGGAUUAUGGAUGUAAUCUUAUGUAAUGGACUUGGCAUUUACUGUGGAAUGAAGACAUUGGGAUGGCUUUCUUUGAAAACAUAUAAAUGGCAAGGACUUUGGAAUAUUCCCACAUAUAAAGGUAAAAUGAAGAGAAUUGCCUUUCAGUUCACACCGUACAGUUGGGUUAAGUUUGAGUGGAAGCCAGCAUCCAGCCUUCGCAGAUGGCUAGCAGUGUGUGGUAUUAUUUUUAUUUUUUUAUUGGCAGAGUUGAACACAUUUUACUUGAAAUUUGUCCUAUGGAUGCCUCCAGAACACUACUUGGUCCUGCUGCGACUUGUCUUUUAUGUGAAUGUGGGAGGAGUAGCCAUGAGAGAGAUCUAUGAUUUCAUGGAUGAUCCGAAAUUUCAUAAGAAGUUGGGUCAGCAAGCUUGGCUGGUUGCUGCUAUCACAGCUACGGAGUUCCUUAUAGUAAUAAAAUAUGAUCCCUACACUUUAACACUGUCACUUCCUUUCUACAUUACUCAGUGCUGGAUCCUUGGAAUCAUGCUUGUGCUUGCCUGGACGGUUUGGCGCUUUUUCAUUCAUGACAUCACCUUACGGUAUAAGGAGAUAAGAAGGCAAAAGCAAGAACAUAAGUUCGGAAAGGACAAGUAUUUAAGCAAUGGUGAUGGACAAUCUGUACUGGAUACUACUAAUAUUCUCCUCUUAAACAAUGGACACUUUCAGGAAAAGAAAAACAAAUCCAUAUAAAUGUUGAAAAGCUCACCAGAAGCUACAGGUUGAAAUUCUUCAUUGAGUACUCAGUACAUUUCACUUCAAGACUUACGUAGUCCUCAUCUGUUUUGUACUAGUUAGAUUCUGCCCCUCUUUGUAAUUUUGUAUUGUAAAGUCCUUCAUGUAAUUCUGGUGGUAACAAGUGCAAUGGGGAAAAACUUGAAAAUAAUUUUGUUUGUUUUUUGUUGAGGAAGUAAUUGUGUAAAAACUGAAGUAUGUGAAAAAUACUACUUUUGUUUUCAAAAUUGAAGCUGACUUAUGCUCAAACCAUUACUUUCAUACUGAUCUUUAUGUUCAUGGAAAUAGUCUUAAGAUUAUAGUAUGGCAAAUUUAACAAAUGUAAUAAAAGGGUAUUUGCUGGUAUACUUUUGAGUUACAAACUUUACUUGGGAAGGGAAGUGGUUCUCAUUAGCUCCCAUAUGGGUAGUUUUACAUAUAUACAUAACCAUCAGCAAUUAUCUGGGUUAAGCAAUAUUGUGCAAAAGCACAGAAGAAGACGAGUAGUAAGAAAAA